GAGGGUGGGGGAAGUUGCCUGGCAGUCAGCUGGCUUAAUAAAUACAAUGCCAGCCUUUGUUUUAUUUUCGUGACGCAGAAAAUUAAUCAGCCCGAAUGCGGAGCGCGCGGAGUCGCGGCUAGCGUCCUGUAAUCAGGGCAGCGCGUGCCGUCCGGAUUAUCUCGUUAAUUUUUUAUUUUUUUAAAACUUCUGGCCAAUAAUAAUUAAUUCUCGGACAGGGUAAUUAUUAUUGAACGGAUGUGGAGCAACUGGUAGACGGGUCUGGGUGAAAAAAAGUGACAGAUUGAGGCCGGUGGCCGUUAUAUAUAAAAACGUAUGAAGUCUCCUAUUGGGAUACGUGCAUGAGAGGAGGAGGGAACUCGCAGUUGCAACUUCGAUUCUACAGGUUUCGGACAGAAUUGAGAAGAAUCCAACACCUGAGGACUAAAAUAAACAAGGGUAUUUUUCAACGCCUUUUCGUUUUCAAAAUUCUCUGCAACUUCGCCCUUCGAUCGGAGGCAAGAAUGAUGUCUUAUCUGAAGCAGCCGCAGUACACAGUCAACGGUCUGAGUUUAUCUGCCUCCGGAAUGGACAUGCUCCAUCCGUCUAUCGGCUAUCCAGGCGCCCCUCGUAAACAGAGGCGCGAGAGGACGACCUUUACGCGCGCCCAGCUGGACAUUCUGGAGAACUUGUUCGCCAAGACGCGCUACCCAGACAUCUUUAUGCGCGAGGAGGUGGCCCUGAAGAUCAAUUUACCUGAGUCUCGUGUUCAGGUAUGGUUUAAAAACCGAAGGGCGAAGUGUCGCCAGCAGGCACAACAGUCCCAGAGCGGCGCGCAGAGCAAGACCAAACCCGUCAAAAAGAGAAGUUCCCCUAUGAGAGAAGCCAGCUCCGAGAGCGGUGCCAGCGGCCAGUUCACACCGCCCCCCAGCACCUCAAUCCCGCCCGUAAGCAGCAGUACUGCCCCGGUGUCCAUCUGGAGCCCGGCCUCCAUCUCCCCUCUCUCUGACCCACUCUCUACCUCCUCCUCCUCUUGUAUGCAACGGUCCUACCCGAUGACAUAUACCCAGGCGUCCGGAUACAGCCAAGGCUACACCGGAUCCUCAUCGUAUUUCAGCGGGAUGGACUGCGGAUCUUACUUGGCGCCUAUGCACCACCAGCUCUCUGCGGCGGGCUCCACCAUGAGCCCCAUGGGCAGCAACGGGGUCUCCAGCCACCUGAGCCCAGCUUCGUCCCUCUCCACGCCAGGGUAUGGGGCAGCGGGACUGAGCUUCAGUGGUCCCACAGACUGCCUGGAUUACAAGGACCAGGCCGCAGCCUGGAAACUCAACUUCAACACGGACUGUUUGGAUUAUAAAGACCAGUCCUCGUGGAAAUUUCAGGUGUUGUGAGAAGAAUGAGUGAGUGACAUUAUAUUUUCACAACGUGGUGAAAUAAACGUCAGUCAAUCCGGUGGGCCAGCCAGGUUGGCAGCGAGUGAGUUGGCGAAAGGCAUCGUUUUCCAAUGGCUGGGCCUGGGCAUCAAACUAUUACCCCGAACAGCAGCAGUGUGAGAGGAGGGGAGCUGCCGCUCCGUCUGUCUGACAGCGUCACAACCGUUGGGUUGACUUAUUGAAAAUUCAGUGAACUCUCUUUAACUUUGAUCAAGGACAUGGAACAAAAUUGUUACCCAAGAAGAAAAUGAUCAAGAGAAGCUGCAACCCUUGGUUAAGCGCGUGGAAUGGGUCAGCUUUCCAUAAGCUUCUUACAACUCCCCUCUCCUCUUGGUUGGCAAACUAAAGGGGCCCUUUGAUCAAAGCAUUGCGUGCGUGUGUGAGUGCGUGUGUGCGCGCCUCUGAGGCGAACCUGGAUGCACUAUUUAAUUUAUGAAAAAUGUUUAAGACACUAGUUCUAACAGACAAUCAACCAGUAUGCGUGUGCUCAUAAAUGUCCCCCUAAGUGUUUUGAAUUUUCUAUCUGUGUUAGCUUUUUGAGACUGUGAUUCCUUGUAUGCAAUUCCGAGUUUCGCAUUUGCGAUCACCCAGCUGUGAAUUGAAUAGUUACAACAACAAAAAAUAUGUUUAAGUAUGAUAAAUUAUUACGAUGAAAUAUUAGUUGAAAUAGGGAGUUCUCAAACAGUGUGUGUGGCCGAGUCAAUGAGCAGCAAAGGUGCCUGAAACAUCAGUAUCCAUCAAUGACCAAACUGGUUGUUAUGCCAAACUGCUAUGAAAAGGCUAAACACAAAAAUAAAGAACGUUUGAACUGA